AGCAAACGUUGACGAAGAAGGAACGGUCCUUCAGUUUACUGGUUUAAUCGGAGGACUCUGUUUUUCAUUAUUAUAUGUACCGGCCUUCUGCGUGUACCAUCUUCAUCUCCAUUUUCUUCAAUCCUGCCCUUGCAUAACCUGUGCUGUCUAGGCUAGAAGGCGUUGGCUCCUUGUUUUAUUGUGUGUCCCUUGUCACAAUGUCCAAUGAACCUUCAUCUAGAUAUGCUGCUGCAAUAUCAGCCCUUUCCCUCAGUUUACCUGCUGUUAACCCCAACCCAAACCUUACCCUCAGUUCAUCCACUGCCCCCAACCCACCGCUUACCCCUAAACCCUCUCUUAUCCUCAAAUCACCCCUUACCUCCAAAUCCCUUACCCCUAAACCACUAGUUGCCCCUACCCCCAAACCACCCCUUACCAUCAAACUACCCCCUGCUGCCAGCCCAGCCCCUUUAAAUUCAUAUCCCCCUUCACUUGAGAUUUUGGGAUCAGAUGACGAGGAACAGGAGAAUCCAUCUGAUUACUGCAUAGGUGGGUACUUCCCGGUGGAAAUUGGAGAGAUAUUCAUUGAUCGUUACCAGGUGGUGAAGAAGCUGGGAUGGGGCCACUUCUCUACUGUGUGGCUAGGCUGGGACAUGGAGAAGAGGCGUUUCGUGGCUCUGAAGUUGGUAAAGAGUGCUCCAACCUUCACAGAGACCGCUUUGGAUGAGAUCAAGCUUCUGAAAUGUGUAAGGGACAGUGAUCCAUCUGACCCCAAACGUGACACUGUUGUGCAGCUUAUUGAUGACUUCAAAGUCUCUGGAGUCAAUGGGGAGCAUGUAUGCAUGGUUCUUGAAGUGCUGGGUCACCAGCUGCUGAAGUGGAUCAUCAAAUCCAACUACACUGGCCUUCCCCUGCCCUGCGUUAAGAGCAUCCUCAGACAGGUUCUUCAGGGCUUAGAUUACUUGCACACUAAAUGCAAGAUUAUCCACACAGACAUCAAGCCAGAGAACAUCCUUUUGAGAGUGGAUGAGGUUUACGUCCAGGAGCUGGCAGCCGACACCAAGCUAUGGGAGCUGCCAGUGUCUUCUGCUCCCACAAGCUGUUCAGCAAACACCAGUCUAAGAGAAAAGCAGAUUGUGUCAAACUUGAUGGGGAAAUUGACAGUGGCUUUCCAGGCUCUUGGGGUUUGGACUGGGAAGGUCUCCAGGAUCCCGAUGGCCAGGUUGUCGAGGAAGGAGAAGAAACAACAACAGCCGCAGAAGGGCGAGGACACUUUAGUUGGCCGUCAGAAGAGGGAGAAACCUCAUGUGUCAUUCUCUAAUAUCACCACUCCCUGUAGCACCCCUAAUUCCACCUCGUCCCCUAAGCCUUCAGGUCCUGUGCAUACUACUUGGAGACGGACCCUGCUGCAUGAAGAAGCAAUGGGCUCUGACAGCAAGGAGUCGGCCUCGGCACCGAUGGAAAAUGCACCAUCUUUGACUACAAUGUCUCACUGCUCUAGACAAUCUAUAGUGUUACAUCAUUCUACCCAGAGAGACAACCUGCCCUCAUCACCAUCACAUGGGUUAAGUGAAACAGAUCUGUUGGUGAAUCUUCUGAAGCCACAGAAUGCUGAUAAAAUCAGCAUCAAGAUUGCAGAUCUGGGAAACGCCUGCUGGGUGUACAAACAUUUCACAGAAGACAUCCAGACCUGCCAGUACCGCUCUGUUGAGGUCCUGAUUGGGUCUGACUAUGGCACUCCUGCAGACAUCUGGAGCAUAGCCUGCAUGGCGUUUGAGCUGGCUACUGGGGAGUAUCUGUUUGAACCCCAUUCAGGGGACAACUUCUCACGAGAGGAAGAUCACAUUGCUCACAUAAUUGAGUUGCUGGGACCCCUUCCACCCCAGUUUGCCCUCUCAGGGAGAAACUCCAAGCGAUAUUUCAAUCACAAUGGGCAUCUGCGGCGCAUCUCAAGGCUGAAACCGUGGAGUUUGUGUGAGAUCCUGCUGGAUAAGUAUGAGUGGCCGCGGGAACAGGCAGUCCAGUUCAGUGCUUUCCUCCUCACCAUGCUGGAGCCCCUCCCAGAGAAGAGAGCCACCGCUGCCCAGUGUCUGAAACACCCCUGGAUCUCCUCAUAGACAUCAUACCACCGCGCAAUGUCUAAAACCACCCUGGAUCUCCUCAUAGACAUCAUACCACUGUCUGGUGUCUAAACCCCCCCUGGAUCUCCUCAUAGACAUCAUACCACUGUGCAAUGUCUAAAACCCCCCUGGAUCUCCUCAUAGACAUCAUACCACUGUCUGGUGUCUAAAACCCCCCUGGAU